AUGGCGGCGCCCAGAAUGUCCCUGUGCCUGGUGGCUCCUGUAUGGAGCAGGGGUGCCAGGGGCAUCGGUGGUUUGAGCAGGACGGUGGCCCCUGAGGGCAGUCCUAAGAAGAAGAAGAUGCUGGUCCACUUCCUGACUGACUACUUUUACGAUGUGCAAUUUCUGAGGGAGUACUUGUUCCAAAAGCAGAUGAUGAAGGUACACAAGGAAAAUCGGUCUUCCAGCUACAUGGAGAACCGAUACGGCCCAUACGUCGCAAGUGCUGUUUUCCUCCUGAAGCUGGGUGGCGCCGUCAAGUUUCGGGGCCAAGAGUGGAUCAGGCCAGAUGGGCGUGGCCGCUUCUCUCUUGACUUCCAAAAGUUCCGAAAGGUACCUGUGGAGGCGGUGGAUGCCAGUGGCUGUCCCCUCAACUACAAUGGCCUGGACAACCUCUUGCCCCUGAAGGAGCUGCAAUCCCUGUCUCUGCAACGCUGCCCCCAUGUGGACGACUGGUGUCUCAGCCACCUCUACCCGCUGGCUGACUCGCUGCAGGAACUCACGCUGGCUGGUUGUCCCCGCAUCUCCGAGCGGGGCCUGGCUUGCCUCCACCUCUUUCAGAACCUGCGCAGGCUGGACAUCUCAGACCUCCCUGCUGUCUCUAACCCAGGCCUCACGAAGAUCUUGGUGGAAGAGAUGCUACCCAACUGUGAAGUUCUAGGGACUGACUGGUCCCAGGGCCUUAAGUUGGCACCAGAACAGCAGUCUGGGGACACAGCCGGCCCUGUCCCUGCCUAGCCUCCAGCCCCUCCCUGUGAAAGCAAACUGCUCCUGCUUUUGGCUUAG